AUGAAUGUGGCAAGGGUUCUGCGCCGGGUCGUCAAAUAUCUUACCGUUUUUGUGUUGCCUACGUUAACCACGGUAAGAAAGUCGUUUUAAAAAUAUGUAUACUGGCUGAGAAAAUUUUAUUUUUGUGUUUAUGUUGUAGUAGGCUCCUAGGCCAAAUGCUCGUAGUUUAACCCUUGUGUUUGCUUUUUUGGUGUACUGUACUGUAAAUUUCCAUUGUUUUUUUCAGUUCAAGCUCCUCGGAUAUGCAUUAUACGACGGCCACAUUGUUGAACACAGCAAAAUCGAGGAAUUUCUAUCCAAAUAUGCAAAUGUUGGCUACUGUGUUCUGGCUUCUUCCAUCUGCAUCAUGAUUUACAUGGUGUAUCACAGUGUAAAUUACUGUUUAAAUCAGGUAAUUUCGGAAGGAAAGGUUCGAAAAAAAAGAUUUCAGGGCCGAUCCGAGUGGUAUAAAGUGCAAUGUACGAAUCAUUAUCAAAAAACUUUCAACUUACUCCUCCACUCCGAGCUAUUUUACUUCGGAAUCUCGUUUGCUUUCCUUUUUUUGGUAAGAAUUUCUCAAAAUCUUUUGAAAAUCCCAAGAUUUUUCAGUUUUUCACUUUUGGCCAGACGAUUUAUGGCAAUACCCCCAACUUUUUCAUAUUUUUCAUCAUGUUUACUGUCUCCAACCUACUCUUGAUCAUUCUUUUAUACGAACUGGAGAUCACCAAGGGCUAUAAUUACAUAAUUUACCUCGAUUUUUUGCUCAUUUUCAACAAUUUUUUGAGUAAUUCGUAAGUUUCUAGUAAUUUUAAGCUGUUGUUGCGAUGUAAACAUCUUAAUUUUGCGUUUGCAGCCUUUUAUUAUGGACAGCGAAUCACGUAAUCCACAUCGAUCACUCGAUUACGUUCGUGAUUAUAUUAUUUAUCAGCUCCUUGAACAAAUAUUUGAUCAGCGAGAUGUUGAAUUCCUUUUUUCAACAGCCCAAACUGCCUGUAAUAUCUUCGGUAUCCGAUCAUUUACUACCUACAUAA